AUGUUAGUAAUUCGAUGGACUGUUGCCAUUUGUGUCUUCGUAUUACAGGCCUACGCCGCAGUUCAAGAUCCUGCGUCGUUAAGAGAGUACGAUAACUUCACGAACAGAUCACUGCUUUGGGCACCGUAUCGGGCAAAUUGCUACUUUGGAGUCAGGCCGCGCUAUGUUAAUGCAGAACCAUUUCUCAUGGGUUUGAUGUGGAUGAAUACGAAGACUGUUGAAGCAAUUGGUAAAAUACGGCAUUUCGUUGAUACUCAGGACGACAUGACCAAAUACGGUUGGGAGAUGUAUGAUCCAAGGAUAGGCGGAAAACAAGUUAUACUGGAUACGGUCAACAACUUGAACUUAACUAUAUACUUUGUCAAAAGCCACGAUGGUGUCAAUUGGGGGUUCCGCGUUCGAGGUGAAGCAUUAGAUAAAUCGUCGCCAUUGGACAGUGCGUCCAUAAUCUAUUACAUGAAACAGAAUGGCGAUUCCAAAGAAAACUACCUGACUUCAGAGCAAGUAACCAGCGAUAACAAGCUAAGACUUACGGGGUAUAGCGGUGAGCUGGGAGAGUACGAAGUCCUUAUAUCUACCGUUAAGGGGAACUCAUAUAAAAAAGCAAAGGUACUAUCAUCUGAAGCAGACCCCUCGCGUAUUGCGCACUUAUCUAUGGUUGUGCCUGAUGACCGAGUAUGGAACGCGAAUGAAAUCUUCCAGUCAUUACUUGUCGAUUCUAUUCAGCAAUACAUGGCGGAAAGCGAUGAAGAUGUAGAACUGUUGCAGAUACCGAGUGCCAUGACUAUUAGAAACAUUCAUAACUUCGCGCCCAGCAAGUUUCACUUUGUACAAAAGACAUUUGAUAUUUCUGAGUCUCCCUUUGAGAUAGACUUCCUUUACAAUAAGAAAGGCUCACAGAACCCAAUAAGUUCUGUAGAUGAAUUAAUUAAGCCAGUCUUAGAUACCAUUCGAAGCAAAUUUGAUAGUCGCUUUGAGAUCAAGGAUGCAAGAGUUCGCCAGUUUGCAAUCGAAACACUAUCUAAUUUGAUAGGAGGUCUCAGUUACUUCCACGGGAAGCAACUAGUCGACAGGAAGACGGUUUUUGAUGAGGAGCUUUUCUCUAGCAUUGAGCUAAAUCAUCCAGAGGAAGAAGGUCCUCAUGAUCUCUUUACCUUCGUUCCAAGCAGGGCGUCCUACCCCAGGGGGUUUUAUUGGGACGAAGGGUUUCAUCUGCUACAGGUAAUGGAAUAUGACUUUGACCUCGCACUGGAGGUAUUAAGAAGUUGGCUUGGUUUAGUCGAAGAUGAUAGCGGCUGGAUCGCUCGAGAACUCAUUCUAGGCGAGGAAGCUAGGAGUAAGGUCCCAAAAGAAUUUCAAACACAAAAUCCACAUAUUGCCAAUCCUCCUACAUUGGCGCUAGCCUUCAGUGAAAUGCUAAAUGAAGUUCUUGGUUCUGGACUCCUCCACUUUGAUCUGACUGACGAAAACCUGGGCUCGUUUUCAGGUAAUUCCGGCGAGACACUCAAGAAAGACCAUGAGUUGCUCGCUGCUUACUCCGAAAGAUUGUAUGAGAAACUGCUAGCUCAGUUUAACUGGUUUAGAUCUACACAAAGGGGAAUGACAGAGGAAUAUUUGGACCUAGCUGAUGUUGAUGAGGAUAGUAUUCAUGUGGAAGAUGCGUAUCACUGGGUUGGACGUACAUUCACACACUGUCUGCCAAGUGGGCUGGACGACUACCCGAGAGCACAACCACCAGACAUGGCUGAACUGCAUGUAGAUGCACUAUCGUGGGUCGGCAUCAUGAGCAGAUCAAUGAAACAAAUUGCUGCCAUUCUAGGAAGACAUCAAGAUGCGGAAAGGUUUCACAAGAUAGAACAGAAUGUUAUUGAUAACUUGAACAAUUUGCACUGGAGCGAAGAGCACCAAAGCUACUGCGAUCUCUCUAUUGAUGAUGAUCUGGACACGCGCAAGUUUGUAUGCCAUGAAGGGUACGUGACACUCAUGCCUUUUGCGCUCAAACUGAUCGCGACUGAAGAUGAACGCCGUAUCAGGCGUAUGGUGGAAGUUUUAUCAGAUCCAGAUAGACUCCUGAGCGAUUUCGGGAUACGUUCCUUAUCGAAAAUGGACGAAUAUUAUGAAACAGGUGAGGUCUAUUGGCGGGGUCCAAUAUGGGUUAACAUUAACUAUCUAUGCAUAGAUGCCUUACGCUAUUACUUUGGGGAGGAGUCUGAUGCAGAAAAAUACGACCAUAAGUUAGUUAAGCAGGCUAAACAGCUAUACCAUCAACUGAGGAACAACCUGCUGAACAAUAUAAUCGACGUUUGGGAAAAGGAUGGAUAUUGUUACGAACAAUACAACCAGAACGAUGGAAAAGGUCAACGGGUGCAGCACUUUACGGGCUGGACGGCCUUGGCCGUGAAUCUCGCGGGGAAGUUCCCUGAAUACAUCUAG